AUGACGUCCUUUGUUGCCCUCAACAUCGAACCAGAUGACUACAGCGAAGAGGAAGUCGAUGAUACGAAGGAAAUUCAAAUCGAAGAAGCUUUAAAACUUUAUCAUAAUGCCUUGAAGCUUCACUCUCAAGGGCCACAAUUCUAUGACCAGGCCUCGGAGGCAUAUGAAGCCCUAUUUAAAUCCGAAAUAUUCAACUAUCCAGAGUCGAUUUCGGAGUACAAGAGGAGUCAACUUGACGGCCCUGAUGCCCAAUAUGAAAGCUUCCUUGAGAAAACGGCUCCGGGAUCAGCUGUUCCCCUAGAUGCUAGUGAUACAAUAUCCAGUGCUUUACCACAGACACUCUACCUAUCUCACAAAAACCGCGGCCAGUUUAUGCUAGAUCAUCUGGGGCAUUUACUACGCACCAAAAGAUCGAAGGCUGAUGAUGGCUAUGAAUCCUUUGUUGAUAUAUCUGCAACGUUUAGUUCAGCAAUCAAGUCAUUCGCUGAAGCCUUGGAGAGAGACGAUACAGACUUAGAACUAUGGAGGAAAAGCGCUAGAAUUGGAGAUGCUCUCCAAAGUAAUCGCCUCGCCAGAUUUUGCCUAGAGAGUGUGUUGGAAGGCGAUGAUGAUGGGUUUGAUGACGGGUUCGAACAGCUAGGUUUGGAGCAAGCUUUUGCGAUUGAAGAUCUCCGGCAAGUCCUCAACAUCCUCAGCGACGAGCUGUCUGUGUUACAACGCCCAUUAAGGCGGCCAAGAAAAGCUAUUCUCCGUCUUCUGCAGAAGCAAACCGAUUCUUUCCCUUAUCUUCCAAGAGGACUAAGUGUUCCGAGUGGAGCUGUCCUGCAAGCUUUACUAGAUGAGCAAGAGGGCAGGAGUAGUUUAACUCCAGGAGCAGCCCUAGGAAUUUCCGUUCAGGGUUGCCAUGAGUUAAUUGAGAUUUCUCCGUUCUCCCUUCCUCUUCUUCAACGGAAUACCGCAACAGUAAAACAAGGGGAUAGAGCCAACCCAAAUUUGGAUAUUGGGGUUCCUGAUGCGGGGGAGGCUCAUCAUGUCCUUCGUUUGUCGGCAGAGGGCUCUAAUAAGGACCGUGCGUCGAUCGCUUCUGAUAGUGAUAAUAGAGAACCUAGUCCUCAUCCAGAACAGGUUUCCGAGACGUACCUUGAAAGUCCCCAACACAAAGUUGAUGAGAAACCAGAGGAGAAGGUAUCACUGAUAGCGCAGGAUGAAGCAAAGCAGACAACGGCGGUACCGCAGUCUCGAAAAAGAUCUUCUGCGUCGGCCGGCAAUGACGAGCAUCCAGAUGGUGGAAGAAUGAAAAGCCGUCGUAUUCGAGCUCGCGAAUCAAAUGCCGAAGUCCACGCGCCAUCGGCGCCCGUACCAUUUGAUGCGGCUAAAUACUUUGAGGAGCACCUAGAACAGUAUGUGCAUGCUGACCAGUGGAUGUUUGGAGUAGUGGGCGCUUUAUUGUCCAAGGCUGGCGUCGAGGAUCUGGGAACGAUUGAUGAACUGCAAGAUAUUUUGUGCUCCGAUAGCGAUCAGGAACUUCCAGAUAACAAAAUCCAGGACUAUAUCGCCCAACGUGUCCUUUACAAUGACCUUCGAAAAAUAAUAGAAAUAUGGGACGAUAAAAUAGCUCAAGUCGCUUUAAAUAGUGAUAUAUUUUCUAUGGAUUCGACGGACGGCAUAGAUGGAACAAAAAGAUCAGGAAUGAGUAUAUUUCUUGACCAUUCACGGCAAUGUCAUCCAAAUCCCGACGAAGUGAUUACUCUCGUAGAGGAUGAUGGAUUGUCGCCUUUUCUGGAGCAUAUUAAUGGUGGAUGGUUUUGCCCCCGUGAGGCUGCAUUUCUGUGGCUGGAACAGCACCUGAAGCCUAAUCCCGCUGAUACAUUGCCAUCGGAAAGGGAGAACCAGCUCAUGGGAUGUUCUUCCUAUACGAAUCGGCUUUGGACCAAGGAUAUGAAAGAAGCAGCCCUGAAAAUCCUCACGGAGAAUGACGAAUUCAUCUAUACAAAGCUGAAUAACGACUCAAUGGCUUGGGAGCAAGCCAUACUGGCCUCCAGCUCCACAAACAACAUUUCCCCUUCUCAACUUCAGGGUUUUGCGGAGAUUACACAAAGCAUUUACGAACUACAUCUUGAUAUAUACGCCUCAAUGAACGGAGCUGGCAGUGCUGAUGGCAAUCAUUUAAAAGUAUUAGAAGAACGAGAUCGUCUUUCUAGAUGGAGCACCCUCGCCCGCUCUUUUAUAAAUUAUCAGAACGAUGACUUGAGGCAUAUAUUGGUUGCCCUAGGAGGGCCAUCGAUGCUUUUGCUAAACAAUUUAACAAUGCCUGAGAUAUCCAUUUCUGCCUUAGAUGAAGAGAUUUCGAGACUCAACUCAAUGGAUUUCUUUACGAAUCUUUUCAGCUCCGAUUCCGAUGACCCUGUCCGUCUUAUUGAAAGCAUUGAACCUAUACUGGACCCCUCAUCUGUCGAAUUUGUUAAUGAAUCGUUAUCCGCCGAGGAAUUUGAAAGACCAAUGGAGAAAUCAGAGCCACGCGCGAACUACCCAUUAAUGUCCACUAUCCAAGGCAUGAUUUCGUUUUUAGACCGGGGCGAUGCAACCUUGAGACUUUUUCUCUGGAGAAGACUUCAAGGGGCGUAUGAGUCAAUCCAAUAUUUCCCCAAAGUCGUAUCUUGCUACCUUCGGAGCAUUGAAAUAAUUGCGGGAGAGCUUCAAAAUCCCUCAUUCCUGAAAGAAUCGAGUGAACAUCGGCAGGUUUCACUACUGAAGUGGAUUAAAACCCUUGAUGAUUUGCUAAGUAAGGUCGUUGGGAAGAUGAUAGACGAACCGGAAAAAUCUUUUGAAUGCUUUGACGUGGCCCAUUUACAAUCUUCGAUGUCUGCCGUAGUUCAGAUUUCCAAACUUUUGCAUUCUUUCGCCCUAUUCGAAGACUCAAUUCGCGUUGGUCAGGUAACCGUUCCGGAUAUACGGCCAGCAUCAACAGCCAAGACCUUGGAGCAGUUCAAAGGAAGGCUGCGAGGAAUGCAGGUAAAAAUAUGGGUUUUGCUCUACGCACUACUUAGAGAAUUCAUGGAACAAAAUAAGGAGUUGUUUGACACCCCCAACGAUGACCGUAUCCAUUACUUACGCUCUGUCCAUAACGCUCUCGGAAUCCGGUCUUACUGCAAAUAUUCCAACAAGUUGCUUUUGAGACUUUUGAAGAAAGAGCUGUUGACUCUCCCGUCAGAGGAUAGUUAUGAAUUUGACGUCUCUCAGGUUCUAUUUGACUUGUACGGACUAAAGUUUUUGAACCUGGACGAUAUUGCGAAUCAUGGGUGUCCCAUUGAAAGGCUGGAUCGUUCCUCAGCUGUUAUGAUGAUUGAUUUCGUUAUGACACAAGUCAAUAGAAUGAAUAUCAAAGAUGUGCACAAAUCGGAAUUGAAACCGACUAUAGACACCAUGCAGAUGGCCAUUGGCCGGGCUACCAAGUUCUCUACUCCGCUGACUUUCAACAAGCGUGUCUUGUCAGCGUUCUUGAAAUCACCAAUCAACCCAUCGGACCUCUUUCGUGCUGCUCAAGGCAUAGGAGAGGUAUCAAUGAUCCCUGUUCAGACAGAGAGUCUUGAGCUUGCGGAAAAGGGUUGGUACUUCCUCCUCGGUUCUAUAUUUUUGUCGAAAUUUCGUGCACAGAAGAGAAUAACUGCAAUCCCAACCGACGAUUUGGAUGUUGCAGCGUCUUUUUUCAGGCAAGAGUUGGAACAUGGAACGGGCAAAUGGGAGACAUGGUACCGCCUGGCUCAAGUGUAUGACUUGAAACUAGAAGAGGAUAUCGCAUGGUCCGCCGACAAGUUGAACAACAAUCGAUCAGACCUGGCGGUUUUACAGCGGAGGGCAAUACACUGCUUCACCAUGGCAGUUGCAGCUGCCAUACGAACAGCAGACUCGUCACCUGAAAGUAAAAGAAAGAUAUCUGACCUAUACACGGAAUUUGGAUUCCGGAUGUAUGCAUCAGCGACAGAACCAUUGUCCAUGGAAGCUUUUAGUCUGAUGGAAUUUACGAGACAUUACACAAGCGGCGAAAACCAACAAAUGUACAAGGCAAAACUAUUCCCAGAUAUGAACAAGUAUUCUGCAUGGAACUUUGCAAGUUACCUUUUCCGACGAGCGACCGAUGACCGGCCUAAUUAUUGGAAUAAAUGUCUCUGGAAAAUGUUCUGCUGCGAUGAUGCCACAAGGGGACAGCGUUCUCCAGUGGAGUUUGACGACGUACUAGAUUCGCUGGUUGAUGCAAUUGAAGCGUUGCCAUCUAAGAGGGACAGUCGCUCGGAUCCAAUACUUGAGCCUCACUUCAAGCUCGUAUCUAUUGUUCACAAGCUGGUUCAGAGAGGGUUUUUGAAGGCCGAGGAUGCAAGGGAACGACUUCUUGCUACGCCUUAUGCACGGAAUGUGAACCUAAAUAACGACGGCUGGAAACCCUAUAUACUGGAAGUAUUGAGAAACCUUCGAAGCGCGGACAAAUCAAAUUGGCACCAUCGCAUUGUUUUACGCGCUGCGCACGUACUUUAUGAUGAUUCCAAGGACGACUCAUCUGCUCUGGCGGCCAAAUCCGAGAUUUCGCAGCAGAUAUUCACCAAAACCAUGACCCUUCAAGUUUGGAGACCGGAAAACGAACGCGCUGGCAGGCACUUUGUUUAUACGACUCGAUACGUGUACUUUUUCGUUGGCCUUUUAAACCAGCUGAAUGAUCGAGCAAACUUGGAUAUGCUCAUUCGGCGCGUGCGAAGGAAACCGAACGACUAUGUCCACCAUUCUAAGCUCUGGGAAGAUAUAUGCUUAACUUAUGUCAAACUUUUCCGCCGUGUCGGUGAGAUUCCAGAAGGGCAUGAAGAGACUGUUUUCAAACUUGUCAGCCAUGACGAGUUCACCAUUCAUUGCAAACGCCUAGAAGACUGGUGUCAGCAUCAUUCUUCCGAAACACAGCUGGUGGAUUUGCUCAAGGAUGCUGUUGAACUGAAAAAGAUGAACAAUGGUCUAAUGAAAACUACGAUAUUCGAAGAACUUGUCGCAGACACCUACGCAGUCCUCUUCCAGAGUAAUAUAUCCAAUUUCAUGGAGCAGGCAACUGAAGAAGAAAACCAUGAACGGAUGAAGGUAGAUCAUCUCCUUAUGGUCGGUGAAGGGCCUGAGGGUAACCGAACACCACCGGUCUCCGCGACUCACGCGCAACCCGGGCCCAAGCCGCGUUUUAAGGGAGUAACGCGUAAAGAGCUCCAACGGAAAGCCGAAGCAAUCGCUACACGGGCCCUAGCGCCGAAACCAGCACCGAAAACCUCAGUACGCCAAGCGGAAGAAGAGACUUCCACAGUGAAGCAACAAGAGGCCAUUGAAAUUGUGAUACCGUCACUACCUAGCAAAGAGGAAGUCUCAGGCAUCCAAAGUAGCGUUCCGGGCAGUGUGCAUGACAGCGCCGAUAAUGAAAGUGAACUUAGCGAAAUCGAUGAGGCGAAGGUAUUAGUGGAACUGGAUGAAGUGGCGACUAUGGGAGCGACAACCGCCCAAGAAAACACAACAGUAAAGAGGAAUUUAUCCCCAAAACCCGCGUCGGACGGCCCGUCAACGAAUGUCAGCCUUGCUGAUGGUGCAGAGGUCGAGUCGGGUCCCGCUACUUCGGCGCAGGAUACAAAAUUGGAACUCGAACUUAAGGAGGCGGAGGUUUUAGAUGUGGACAUGGAGGAAAAUGCUUGA